AUGGUUCCUUCUUCUUCUCUUUUUUCCCUUACCUAUCUUAGCUAUCUUGACCUCAGCUUCAACAACUUCAUGUACUCAAACAUUCCCACUGGUUUAGCCAAUCUCACUAGACUAAGUUACCUGAAUCUCUCAAAUGCAAUGUUCAGUGGUUCCAUCACAACCCAAUUUUUCAACCUUACUUCCUCCCUUAGAUGGCUAGAUAUUUCAUGUUCUUAUCGGGUGCCAGACUACUUGCCGCUUUCUCCUUACUUGUCUUCAACAGUUCAAGUUAGAUCUGGUGUUUAUUAUAGUUACCUUAUAGGGGGGAAUCUCUCUUUGUCAAGUUUGAAUUUCUUACUGGGGUUGCAUAAUCUCAGAGAACUUAAAUUGAGUGGUGUUGAUCUUAAAAAGACAUCUCAGUCAACAAAAUGGGCUGAACCUUUAAUAUAUCUCUCGAAUCUCCAGAAACUUGAGCUGUCCAACUGCAGGAUUUCGAAAUUUCAGAGUUUGGAAGUUCUCAAGCUGGGGUUUAAUAGAUUUCAGGGAAGGAUCCCACAGUUCAUUGGAGCUCUCCAGAACCUCCAUAUUCUUGUGCUAGAAUCGAAUUUCUUCAAUGGAUCAAUUCCUUGGGAGAUAACCAAGCUGGAGAAGCUGCAAUAUGUUGACUUUUCGAGUAACAAACUUUCAUGUCCCAUCCCUGAAAACCUGAAUGGUUUGAAAAUGUUGAAAACCCGACCUCAGGAUGGCUCUAUUCUUGGUUUUUUCAUUUCAUCCAUGUUCGCUGCAGUAGAGCUAACUGUGACGAUGAAGGGAUUGUUACAACACUAUGUAAUCGUCCGCUCAUAUCACAGUGGCAUUGAUCUCUCGUACAACUGUCUGACAGGAAAUAUUCCAACUGAAAUAGGAACUUUAGAGGGUCUCCCUAUGGUCAAUCUCUCACAUAAUUGUCUCCGUGGUGAGAUUUAA